GUGCUGAGAUUGGUGGUUCCGGCGGCCACGUGAUUCCACGCUGCACACGAGGUGCCUGGUGCUUCGACGACAGCUGCCGGUUUUUGGACAAUGACGCACGAGGUAGGCGGGAGAAGGAGGGUAGCUCUGCCAGUGGAUCCGUACGAGACUGGACGACUGUCUGGAAGCGGGAAUUGAGGAGUCUAGAUUGUACAACACGGAAGUCAACGAAAGAGCUAGCUAUGUCGUCGAAAACGCUGCACAACGAGCACAUCAAGAGGCCGAUGAACGCGUUCAUGGUGUGGUCCCGCGGACAGCGACGGAAAAUGGCACAGGAGAACCCGAAGAUGCACAACUCCGAGAUCUCGAAGAGGCUCGGCGCCGAGUGGAAGCUGCUCAGCGAGAGCGAGAAACGACCGUUCAUCGACGAGGCGAAACGGCUCAGAGCCCUCCACAUGAAGGAGCACCCGGACUACAAGUACCGUCCCCGCCGGAAGCCGAAGUCGUUGGUGAAGAAGGAGAACAAGUUCGGGUUCUCGAUAUCGCCGCUGAUGUCCUCAGGUGAGACCCUGAGCAACAUAUCGAGGGGUCUAUUGCCGCCGCUGGCGCCGCCCUCGCACCACACGCUGAUGAGCCACGAGGACCUGAAGAUCCCCCGGUUCUUCCCGCCGUUCCCGUAUCCCCUGUACCCGAUCCAGCACAAGCUCGGCGAGGAGUUCAACGGCGGCAAAUUGGCGGCGGAUCUGGCGUUCCAGGCCCUGUACGGUGGUAGCACGUUCUACUCGAGCCACCAGACGAUGUCCUGGCCCAGCCUGUCGACGGCGGCUUGCCUGCAGCCGAACUGCGGUUGCCCGAGUCCGCCGAAAGACCCGAAGCGGUCGUACCUGCCGACGAAAAUCGAAGAGAGACCGUUCCCGAGCCCGGGGAAGCCGGAAGAAGACAGCUUCCCGUCGGACAGAGACUCCAGCAGAGAGGACUCCCGAUACAGGAAGGCGGAGGAGGACAGUUUCUCGCCGUCCGUGGACAGGCAUCAGGAGGACAGGUCCCAGGACGACCGUUUCUCGUCGUCGUCCUCGUCCUCGCCGACCGAGCAGUCCGAGAAGAUCAGCCACACUGCCCCGCCGACUAGCCUGUCCACGUCGACCAAGGUCGAGAACUCGUUCUCCGUUCAGAACCUGACGUCCUCCAGCUCGAACUUGGGCGCGCACCGCGGCCAUGUCAUAUGAAGGCCGCUCCCGGUUCUCCCGGACUUCAACUUCCGGGGGAACCUGGUACCACCUGGAUGGCCGACCACAGACUGGUGGAGGGUGCCGCCGAUGCUCUCGCCGAUCCCCCAAGCCACCGUCACGAACCUCACCGCGCCGAAAGAGGACGAGGUCCAGUUCCAGGACGGACAGCAGAGGAGCUCCGUGAUGGCCAGAUCGAGGACUAUCCACAUCGCCAAUGUACAGUGAUUCCUGACGGCGGGGAGAACAGACGGAGGGGAUGAUCGUGGAGGGACAUCGACUGCAACCGAUAGCGAGUGCAAUGAAUGUGGAAGCAACGGAACCGCGUCGGAGGGACCCGAGGAGAUCUCUUGUGUUUUGUGAUAGCGUGGUAGCAAACGCCUCUGACACGAACAGUUCGCUGUCGCAAGGAAUCGACGAUGAAGUGUUUGGACGCAACGGGGGACGGUCGAGUGCAAAGACCAGGGUCUGGACACCUUCUAAGAACCUGUUGCGUUGUGUGAUAAUUCGAACGCCGUCUUUUCUACGAUGAGCACACGACGAGCCCCCGAUGUCCGGGGCGCCGUGGUCCGUUAGCCGUUCGUCCGCAGGAAGUCGCGGUUUUCCGGGCGGAACGCGUUCUACCCCUUUCGUCGGCUCGAGGCAAAGGGGGGGCUCGAGCGAAAAAGGGGGCCGUGGGUAGGGGUCCGCGUUGCAUUCGCAAAGAAUUCGUUAUGCGAGCGGUCGGCGUCGCCGCCGGUGGGACAGGAAAGCCGAAUCGAUAACUCGCCACGGCCGAAAUCCCACAAAGAGAGAGGCGAAAGGGUCUUUUCUGGUAAAGCGUGUACACAGAGGCGGCGCAGGAUGCCAGAAGAGUCCAAUUUUGAUGAGAUAACCAACCCUCUCGUGGCACAUAUUACCGCACACGCGAGCCAAAGCGGGAGAGGACCGACGGCGCGAGCACCCACCCACACGGGAGAGGACACGUACAGACGGGCGCACAUAGACGGCCGCGCGCACAUGCACGGGGAUAGAAAGAGCGGGCUCGUAACGCGGGAGGAGAAAAAAAACCUCUUCGGGAGCGGAGGCAAAUCUCUUCUUUGGGACGCGGCCAUGCGAAAUAAGCCAAACAUUCUGAAUGCUAACGUAGAUGCGACAGCGGACCUGUGUACGCGUUCCAAACCACCCCCUCGCGGCCGGCCCCGCGCGCGAGAUGAUUUCAUUGCGUCGCGGUGGCCAGCGUUGCGCAUCGAUACUGCAACUCGCCAAUAUUUUCUCUUUCUUUGGUGCAGCCCCUACUCGGCCGCAAAGUUCCCCUCGUUUCUCUUCGCGCCGUUUCUCUCCGCCUGUAAUUGCUUGCGCGAUCGCGGGGGAUCCGCUCGCGCGACGUUCGCGUUGCGGAGGAACGCUCGCGAUAUUUCGCUGUUGUUGCGUUAUCUCGGUGCGCUUUAACCAUCGGAUGGCGGGUCCAUUUUAACCCAGAGUUAAAAAGAUUCCGUCUGAACGCUGAUUUUGUGGCAGUCGUUUGUAAUUAUCGACUGUUAAUAUUGAGUCGAAUAAAAGGGUCAACUUUGGCCUUCGAUGAAACAGGUUUAAAAAUAUACAAAUGAAUAGAAGAUUUGAAUGGACCCAGCCACCAUAACUACUCAAAAAUGUCCGCCGUCCAAGGGAUAAGCUAGAAACAUACUAAUCUCGCGUUCAACGUGAAAUCGUGCGACACUCGAAGACUGUGAGUCGGCUUAUUUCCGUCGGAUUGUUGCGAAAGUAAUUUCGAUCUUUUUUUUAAGCUAUCUAUUUGAAAAAUCGAAAUUAUUUUUGCAACAAUCCAAUAUUAUUUCAAAUCUGUUGAAAACAGAUCGGUAUCACCACACGCUGAUCGUAUAUUGUCACGCGUGGACGGAUUUCAUUGCUAUGAUUUCACGCGAUUUCACAUCAUGUGACGUUAGUAUGUUUCUACACUUAAAGCCCUGCACUAAGAUUUCGUUCACAACCUCGGCGAUUUGCAUCUCACUUAACCCUUUGCACUCGAAGCCGAUUUAACUUUAAAUGUAAAACAGUUAAAUUUAUGUGACUUACGGAAAUAUAAAUGUAUCAUAUUUAUAUUAAAUUUUAUAUGACUUACGGGAGAACUGAUGCACACCGAAUUUGAUGAAACUCUGCACACGCGGUUAACAGCUUAACUAGUUGCCAAAAUUGAUCCUUCUUGUAAUAUAUUCGGACUAAAUGAAUUUUUCUAAAAUGCAAAAGAGUUAAAAUACCAGCCGUUAUGAUCAAUUUUUCAUGGCUAAAUUGUUAAAUAGAUCUUUUGAACACUCGAGCAAAUUUUCAUCAAAAUCGACGCCUCCUCGCGCCAAAAUCACGCGAGUUAUGCAUGUGAAUUUGUAUCUUUUAGGCAACAAUUACACUCUGAACAGUUUUUCGAAUAUAAACGUUGAUAAUAUAAAAGUUAUUUUGUCGAGUCACCACUCGAGUGCAAAGGGUUGAUAAUUUCUCUGAUGGAAAGAGACAAAUGUUGUAUCUUAUGAGUUUUUUAUUUUCAUUUCGAGACUUCGAUAACAGAAGAAUCUGUUUCGCUUUGGAAGAAAUGAAAAAUAUCUUCGUCGCGAGUCUCAUUCGUUGUUACAGCACAAGGGAUUAAGAAUUUCUUUAUCUUGAUGGGAAAUAUCGAUUUUUAGGCAUUCUGUUUUGAGACGGGAAGGUGCGAUUUGUUUGGAACUCUGUUUCGAUGUUUGCAGGCAUUUGUUGAAGUUACUUUGGCAAUAAUUUCGAGAACAUCGCGGAUUCUAACUCGAGAUUUUAUAGAGAAGUUUCUCCGAAGUUAGAUGCUGGAAGAUUCUGCGAAGGGAGAUCGAUCGUUUUCACCAAGGAAGAGAAACUCCUCCUUGAUUGUUUUCUUUUUCUCUUAGACCAUGGACAUUUGUUCUAUGUUGAGUUGUUAUAAGUUUCGUCGUGUAAAUAAUUGUUGAGACUCAGGACGGUGGUUUCUGUGAGAAAGUUCGUCCUAACGAAACGAACAAAGGGGUAAAGUGCCAUAUCGUUCGCGUCUCGUUUCACGUUUGCGUCUAAAUUCUGUGAUCGCUGAGCGAACCGAUCGACGUGUGUUCAAGUAUAAAAUACUUUACGCUCUAAUUCUGUAAAAUUUAUUUAACACGCGUGAGUCUUUUCACGGAAGUGUCGACCGUUUUGUAAGCAACCGCCCCGACAGAAGCUAUCCCUCGUUGACGCGGAAUAAACAACGGCGACAGGGCUCGCGCGAAAGCCGCGUAGCCCUUCCCGGAUCUCCAGGAAAAUAUGGUGUGUAAUUAAUUGAAAGGUAUGCAAUUAAUGCGACAGUCUAUAAUCACGGUCGAACAGGGACACCGGGUCCGGGCGCGAAUAAUCGGCCGAUAGGAAUAAAACCGUUCAAUCUCGCGCAAAUUGUUUGCAUUCUACCGGCGAAUUGUUGAAUUCGUUAUGAACCGGCCGGGCAUUGUCGCAGUUUUAUCGGAGUCGAUUUUUCCGCGAUCGACGCGCACACCUGUCCGCGUUUCCGAAAUGUUGCGCGACGGCUACGUGUGUCGAUCCCCCGCAUUUUCACCGAAAAUUCGACACCGACGACACAAAAACCGACGCGUGCUGUCAGCAGACCAGAAUGGAGACUAAUUUCCCGCGGACACUUUCGUCCAUAGAAAGAGAGAGAUACAGAGUGAGAAAGAGAGAGAGAGAGUGAGAGAGAGAGGAAGAGAGAGAAAAAUGUAUACUAAAUCGUAACGAUCGUAGGAAAUCGGCGCGCGUCCCGUGACACGUUGCGCGAUCAUGCCAACGGGAAACGCACGCGUUAAGCUAUAAUGUAAAGCGUAUCUAUAAAGGAUAGAUAAACACAUAUCCUCCCAGUUAUUCACGUAAGUUCCUCGGCCAUCGUUCGUGUUGCCGUAAUGAACGAAAACGAAGAUAGUAGAGACCGUAUAAUCCGUCGAGUUUCACAUUUUACUCGGAAACGCGGCUGCGUUCCCGCCAACCCCCUCUCACCGACACGUCACGCACGUAAUUAUUGUUAAUUAUUGCUGUAAUAUAACGCGACGUUUGUAAAUAAAUUGAAACUUAAUCGACAA